AGUUAAUAAAUUGGAAAUAACUCAUUUUGAUCGAUAUAAGAGAGUUUAUUUUGAUCAUGGCGUCUCAUCAAUACCACCAAAUUGCCCAUUUGUUGGAAAAGAUGACUUCUACGGACAAGGAUUUCCGGUUCAUGGCUACAAAUGAUUUGAUGACAGAGUUGCAAAAAGAUAGCAUUAUUUUGGACGAUGAAUCAGAGAAAAAAGUUGUCCGCAUGGUGUUAAAACUCCUCGAAGAUAAAAACGGCGAAGUUCAGAACUUGGCAGUGAAGUGUUUAGGGCCGCUCGUAAACAAAGUAAAGGAAAACCAAGUGGAGACCAUUGUGGAUUCCUUAUGUGGAAAUAUGAUGUCCAAUAUGGAACAAUUGCGGGAUAUAUCAAGCAUCGGUCUAAAAACAGUGAUUGCAGAGCUGCCACAGUCAUCCAACUCUCUUGCACCCAAUGUCUGCCAGCGAAUAACUGGCAAAUUAAGCAAUGCCAUUGAGAAGGAAGACAUUUCGGUUAAACUAGAGUCUCUUGACAUUCUGUCGGAUCUGUUAUCUCGUUUUGGCGAGUUUCUAGUUCCUUUUCAUAGCACUAUUCUAAAGGCACUGAUGCCCCAAUUGGCAUCGCCGCGACAAGCUGUACGCAAACGCACAAUUGUAGGCCUUUCAUUUUUACUGAUUCAAGCCAAUAGUAAUGCAUACAACGGCGUUAUAGAUCAUUUACUGGAAGGACUGGAAAAACCACCAAAUCCCGGUGCGAUUCGCACUUACAUCCAAUGUUUGGCCUCAAUUUGCCGUCAUGCUGGACAUCGCCUUUGCAAUCAUAUUGAUCGUUCAAUGCACCUUCUCAAGCAAUAUAGUCAACGGGAUGACGAUGAGUUACGCGAGUAUUGCCUACAUGCUUGUGAAGCAUUUGUAUCGCGCUGUCCAGAUGCGAUAAAACCACACAUUCCUAUGAUUCUAGAGCUUUGUCUUAAAUACCUGACAUACGAUCCAAACUAUAACUAUGAAGCUGAUGAAGUUGAGGCAGGUAUUGCCAUGGAUACUGAAGAAGAAGAAUAUGUUGACAGUGAAGAGUACAGCGAUGAUGACGACAUGAGUUGGAAAGUACGGCGCGCUGCUGCCAAAUGCUUAGAAGUUUUGAUUUAUAACCGUCACGAACUAAUUGAAGAUUUUUACCGCAAUCUAAGCCCAGCUCUAAUAGCGCGUUUUAAAGAGCGUGAAGAAAAUGUUAAAUCCGAUAUAUUUCAUGCGUACGUCGCAUUGUUAAAAAAUACGCGACCAAAUAAUGAACUGACUCAAGAUCCUGACUCCAUGGAACAAAUAUCAGCACCAACAUCAUUAUUAAUUGAACAAUUGCCACAAAUUAUAAAAGCCAUACAGCCAUUGAUGCGUGAAAAGUCGAUGAAAACACGGCAGGACUGCUUCCUUUUAUUACGGGAGCUUUUAAAUUCUUUGCCGGGUGCUUUGGGUCCGCACUUGGAUAGCAUUGUGCCUGGCAUAAGCUAUUCUUUAAACGACAAAAACUCGACAAGUAAUAUGAAGAUUGAAUCUUUGGGAUUUCUAUGUUCUUUGCUCCAGGGUCACCAGCCUCAUGUAUUUCACCGACAUAUACCUAUAUUGGUGCCUCUCGUGGUAACAUCAGUUUUCGAUCCCUUUUAUAAAAUUUCUACCGAGGCGUUAUUGGUACUACAGCAACUGGUCAAAGUAAUACGACCAUCGGAAAUGGAAAUUAAAUCUGACUUCGAUGUAACGCCAUUUGUUACUCAAGUUUAUUCAUGCACACUUCAGAAGUUAAAAGUCACUGAUGUUGACCAAGAAGUAAAGGAAAGAGCUAUAGCGUGUAUGGGCCAAAUUAUUUCCAACAUGGGAGACCUGCUCCAGAGUGAACUCUGCGUAUGUCUGCCAAUUUUUAUGGAGCGUCUUAAAAAUGAGGUUACUCGACUAAGCAGCGUAAAAGCACUCACUAUGAUUGCGGCUUCACAUUUGCGAAUAGACCUGUCACCAAUACUUCAUGACGUGCUUCCAACCUUAGGAUCUUUCUUACGCAAAAACCACCGAGCACUAAAACUGCAUUCUUUGGACCUUAUUAAUAAAAUUGUCAUUAACUAUUCAAGUAGCAUCGAACCAAAGCUUUUGCAGGCGUCAAUUGUUGAGGUACCUCCACUUAUAUCUGAUUCGGACUUGCAUGUAGCACAAUACACAUUGAUAUUAUUAAGUACUACUGCCCGAAUCCAGCCAGAGGCAUUAGUUGGUAUUCAUGAGCAAUUUUUGCCUCCAAUACUAACUUUAGUACGUUCCCCUCUGCUUCAGGGCACCGCGCUUAACUGUACUUUAGACCUGUUUCAAUCUUUGGUGCAGACCCAAUUGCCUGGCUUGGAUUACCAUUCUCUUGUUUCUCAGCUAAUGGAGCCGGUACUUAUGGGUAGUGACUUGUCGACGAAAAACGCAAUGGAACGUCAAAAUGAACAACUUCAUAAGCAGGCAUAUCAUUCUUCAGCCAAAUGCAUCGCAGCACUAACUCAACAAUGUCCACUGGUGGCCACACCAUUGGCAACUAAGUUAAUAACUGAGAUUCAGAAUCGCGUAACAAAUGACACACAAAUAAUCUUUUGCCUACUAACAAUUGGCGAAAUAGGUAGGCACUUCGACCUCAGUGCUAUACAGGUUUUGCCGCAGACUAUUAUUGAAUGUUUCGGUGCUACAUCUGAGGAUGUAAAGGCAGCUGCUUCGUAUGCCCUUGGCGCGGUAUCUGUGGGCAGCUUACAAACGUAUUUGCCUUUAAUUUUAAAGGAGAUUGAAUCACAACCAAAGCGGCAGUAUUUGCUGCUCCAUUCCUUAAAGGAAGUAAUUUCGUCCCUCUCAACCACUCCAAAUGGCCUAGCGCUGCUUUUACCGUCAGUACCGUCAAUAUGGACACAACUUUUUAAACAUUGUGAAUAUUCUGAAGAAGGCUCUCGCAACGUAGUUGCCGAAUGCCUCGGUAAAUUGGUUCUUGUUAAUCCGGAGGGACUACUGCCUGAGCUUCAAAAGGCUCUUCGUUCCGAGAGCGCGACUAUGCGUACUAUUGUGGUUUCCUCGGUGAAAUUUACUAUUUCGGACCAGCCGCAACCAAUAGACAUUCUACUUAAGCAAAGCAUUGGAGAGUUUCUUUUUGCACUACGGGACCCGGAACCCUCAGUUCGCCGUGUUGCCUUGGUUGCCUUCAACUCGGCAGUGCACAAUAAACCGAGUUUGGUUCGAGAAUUGCUCCCCACCCUCUUGCCGUGGUUGUAUUCAGAAACAAAGGUUAAGAGCGAGUUGAUUAGAGAGGUCGAGAUGGGUCCGUUUAAACACACAGUUGACGAUGGUCUUGAUAUACGCAAAGCUGCCUUUGAGUGCAUGUAUACGUUACUGGAACAGGGCCUGGAACGCGUCGAUAUAAUGCAGUUCCUUGAUCAUGUACAAGCUGGUCUAUGUGAUCAUUAUGACAUCAAAAUGUUGACGUACCUGAUGACGGCGCGAUUGGCCGUUUUGUGUCCUGAAAAAGUUCUAUUAAGACUAGAUCAGUUCAUUCAACAACUGCGUGACACAUGCACACACAAAGUUAAGGCUAAUUCAGUAAAGCAAGAAUACGAGAAGCAAGACGAGUUGAAGCGUUCAGCCCUGCGUGCUGUAUCAGCACUUUCCCAAAUACCCAAAGCAAACAAGAAUCAGCAGCUAGUUGAUUUCCUAAAGUCAAUUAAGGAAACUCCUGAACUGAGUAAAAUCUACGACUACGUUCAAAAGGAUUCAUUAGCUGGCAGUACAGACAUUGAUAUGGACCAGAGCUAAAUGGUUAAAAUGUAUCUACUUAUUCAAUUCAAAAAUUAAUAUUAAAAUAAAAAUGCAUUCAAGUAGAGUAAAACUUGAAGCAUUAAAAUAAAGAAAAAGUCCCUUAUUAAAAAAACGUU